GGCGUUUUCAGUUCGCUCACGAAGCUCGAAUAGUAAAGAAGCCAUGGAUACGCAAGCGCUACAAUAUUAAGCACUUAAUUUAUGCAUUUAAAAAACUACAAAAAGAAAAGUGUUUUGAUUUCGGUAUUGCGGUCUUCAAACUAAAUUGUGAUAUUGGUAGUAUUUUAAAAGCAACAACAACAAUAAAAGCAACAAAUUUCAAAUAAAUACAGAAACAUCUGCGUCUCUGUGUUUGUGUGUUUUCCGUCAACGUCAAUUCGUCGCUCGGAAAAGAAAAAUCAAUACCGUGAAAAGAAAUAUACAUUUGUCUCGAACCCAAAUAGAACUUAAUAGAUCAAAAACACAAAGAAGUAUCAGGGGAACUUGAGUUUUUCAACAAAAAGAGAAAAAUUGUCAAGUGGGAAUUAAAGCAACAAAGCAUAGCUCCAGUAAGCACUUUAUCAAGAUGGCAAAUGUAGCAAGUCCGCCAAGGUAUAUACCUUAUGGAUCCGUGACAACGGCAACAACAACAACGACAGCAACAGCAACAACAUUGGAUCAGGUGGACAACAGCACGACAGCCACGCAGCUGUUGAAGGCCUUCGUUAACAGAAUGAAUGACAAAUACAAUCGGGAGGAUGAGCGCUUAAGGACAUUCGAUAACUGGCCCUUGUCCUGGCUGGAUAAGCACGCAUUGGCACAGACGGGCAUGUUCUUUACCAACGAGGACGACAAGGUCAAGUGCUUUUUCUGUGAGGUGGAAAUCGGUCGCUGGGAGCGCGAAGAUCAUCCCGUUCAGGAGCAUCUGCGCUGGUCGCCCAACUGCCCGCUGCUGCGACGCCGCAACACCAACAAUGUGCCCAUCAAUGCGGAUGCACUGGACCGCAUACUGCCACCCGUCAGCUAUGAUGUGUGCGGAUCCAACGAUACAGCCGGCCUGGAUGUGCGCGAGAACUCCUACUCCGAGGGCCGUCAGUCGAUACAGUCGACGGGCGUGAAUACCUCGCCGCCUUUACGACUCGGCGGUGUUGGCUCGCCCAUGGGCAUGCAGGAGCCGUGCAGCCGGCCCGCCGGCAACGGCAAUGGUGGCAAUUAUUUUCCCGAGUAUCCAGAGUAUGCCAUCGAGUCGGCGCGUCUGCGCAGCUUCGAGGAUUGGCCGCGCAACAUGAAGCAGAAGCCACAGCAGCUCGCCGAGGCGGGUUUCUUUUAUACUGGCGUCGGGGAUCGCGUGCGCUGCUUCAGCUGCGGCGGCGGGCUCAAGGACUGGGACGACAACGACGAGCCCUGGGAGCAGCAUGCGCUCUGGCUAAGCCAGUGCCGUUUCGUCAAGCUCAUCAAGGGUCGUCUGUACAUCGAUGCGGUUGCCGCGGCAGCGCAGGCCGCCAAGCCAGCAGCAGGCCCAGCAGCAGCAGACGUCGAGAAGCAACAGGAGCAGCAACAGCCGGCGAGCCAGCACAGUUCAAGUCCAAGCGUCGAUUCCCUGAGCAGUGCUCCGGUUCCAGAUGCUCUGGCUGCACCCUCUGCAACUACAGCAACAGUUGCUGCAGCUGCCUCCGCCGCCUCAGGUGGCGACGAUGUGGCGCCCACGUGUGCCGCACGCAUCUACGACAAAAUACUGGCACAGGGUUGCCCAGAAGGUGCCGCAUUGGCCAGUGUAGCCGGCGGCGUGACCGUGCCCGAAGAGAAGCUCUGCAAGAUUUGCUAUGCGGCCGAGUACAAUACGGCAUUUCUGCCCUGCGGCCAUGUGGUGGCAUGCGCCAAGUGCGCCUCAUCCGUAACCAAGUGCCCGCUCUGCCGAAAACCCUUCACCGAUGUCAUGCGUGUAUAUUUUUCUUAAAUGGCAUUGACUCCAUCCUAACCACUGCGCGUCUGCA